UCGACACGGUGAACCGCGAAAAGGCAGUUUAUUUAGGCAAGGCUCUUUCCCUGCCACCUUUCUGCCGGACACGCAGCUGUAAUUUAGUCCCGAUGACAAUUGAUGUCACGCCUUUUAAACGGGGCUGUUACGUCUAAGAUAAACAGAAACACAGCCCUGGUGUUGCGUUGUGCUUGAUUGCGGAUCUGUAACACUGUGGUCGUUUCUGUCCUGGCAAGAUGCUGUACUCGACCGUAACUGCCAACGGGUCUUGGACGCGCGCUGAAUAUUUGCUUAACACGACCCCGCAAACACCCGCCGCUAUGGAUCUCCGCAUCGCAAGGUACGCGGUGUUCUGUCCCAUCUUUCUCUUUAGCGUAACUGGCAACACGCUGGUAAUAUUAACCGUUGUUUUGCUUCGGAAAAUGAAAACAGUCCCGAUGAUGUUCAUAGCGAACUUAGCGGCCUGCGACCUGAUCACUACUAUUUCAAGUAUAGCAUUUGACUUGCCGGAGCUGGAACUUGGCUACUGGCCGUACGGAGCAGUUCCAUGCAGGAUUAUUUAUCCAUUGGCAACAUUUUCAACCAACGCAGCUGCGUUAACUCUAGUAGCAAUAUCAAUCGACCGCUACAUUUCGAUAAUCUGCCCGCUUAACCUACGUUACCGCAUAACGAAGGGUAAAUGCUUUAAGAUUAUCGCAGCGAUACAUUUUGCCUCUGUGGUCGCUGUUGUACCUUACGUACUCCUUUUGAAAUACACAGCUGGCUUGGGAUCCUCAACAUGUGGUGAAGAUUGGCCCGAUGGUUAUUCGCUGGAUAAAGCGUACACAGUACUGCUGUUUGCGCUCCAAUAUGGUCUGCCAUUGGUUAUUAUGUCGGUCGUUUACACGCGAAUCGGCCUCAAACUUUGCAAAAACACUGGAAAAGCUGCAGAGCUUAGUUCUGGGAAAACAAACAGAUCGCGUAGCUCGACAACUAGCUCUGGACAGACUCUUCUCCAUGGCGCGCUGGACAAGGCGACGUACACUCUUCAGCGGAGAAAACGACAGAACGAGAAAGCAGCAAAAAUGUUCCUCUUUGUUGUUCUUAUCUUCUUGAUUUUCAUGAUGCCGCAUCAAUUGCUCUGGCUAAGUCUUCAAUAUGCAAGCAACGCCUCUGGCUUCCAGCAGUAUGAAGACCUCAUAGUCUUCGUAUGUGGCGCUUUUACAUACGCGAACUCUGUGUUGAACCCUGUCGUCUAUGGAGUGUGUAACGGUAAUUUUCGCCGUGGCGUUUUGUCAGUGUUAAAGUGUCAAUGCAGCAAGGCGAGUCAGAGAAGACAGGUUAGGGAAGCAGAAAUUAGAAGGACCGAGACAAUGCUGUCUACAAAGUUAGCGCCUGUGUAUUCAACAGGUGGUUCUUCGGGCUUCAAAGAGAAAAUCACUCACUCAAAUGCAGUGCAUGUCUCUCUGCAGAGGGAAGCUUUAAUUCGUAACGGAAAUUGUGUGGCAAAUCAAGGAGCCUUGAAGACAAACCAAGGUCAACGGUCUGUCUCUAAAAUACCAACAAAGAAAUUCAUGACGGAAAGUGAAACUGAAGAGAACAAUAAUUCGCACAAGACGAAACCGAGAGGUGAUAAAAUUCCCAAUGGAAGCGUCGCUGCUAAGGCGGAAAUCCGUAACUCGCUGUAUGAUAACUCAUUAAACGGCCAUCUUUCACAACAAAACUCAGAAAAUGAUACCAUGAAAUGGCUAAGAGAAACGGAAGCUCUUUUGAAAAAACUUUGCCAAGAAUUUGAAGUCUCGAGAGGAGACAAAAACACUCGUUACGGGGCGCAACGGGAGAUUCCAUUCCCUACGAAGGAGAAGAACAUUUUAGGCGCCCAGUUGUGCGCGGAAAAAGAGACUAUUCUUUAGAGAAACCAAGAGCAUUGCGGGAGAUGUUAAGAUCUUUUAAAAGCCAUUUACAAGACAACGUCUCCGCAGCGUAGAGAGCAUUACGAAGGGAAUUUUUAUUAAGAGGAUAAAUUAUCGAACAAAUUCGGUUGAGUGACAAGAGCCGGCCCAAAAUGUGUUUGGUACAUUUCCUGUUCAAAACGAUUUACAAAUGAUUUCAAAAUGAUUCAAUGUUGAAAUGAAAUGUUUUUGGUCGAUAUUUAUCGUUCCAGACAUUUGUCCGUUUGACAAAACAUCAUAAAACUCAGCUUAAAGUGCUAAUUCUCGACACAAUUUCAAGAAUGGAAUGUUUUAUUUGGGUUUGCUUCUUUCAAAUCAUAUAUCAUUAGCAGAAAAGUCGCCGCUUUUGAAUAGCUGGCGACAAGUUCUUUGUAAAUCUUUUUAAAUUGCGUCAUUCAUUCGGUUGAUUUGGGCCUGGUAUUUUUCAAGUGUUUCGAUUCUCUCGUAGUUCGUCCUAAACUUUAAUAAAUUUUUGUUUUGAAACACACACUCUAUACAUGCUUGGUUACAAGCAGGGGGGAUCUUUAGAAGCUCUUCCUUUUUAUCUGUUUCGAGAUUUAGCAAAGGAACUUAUAAAUUUCAAAUGAGCUUUGCUGAAGGUUUCAGCGAUCUACUUAACAAACAGUAUUUGAAUAGAGCCUUUUACAAAACAGUAAUUAUUUACGCAGGACUUAGUUUUAGGACUUUUAGGACCAUUACGACUAGGAACUCGUUUAUUUUAAAGUAAGAGAGAAUUUCGAGCUGACGCCCCUACUUACAGAAUAAGAAGGGAACGUAAUGCAGAUUUGUUAUAACUAUUGAAAGAUUUACCUUUUGAAACAUGCAAUUUAGCCAGUUUCGCCUUUUGAACGCUGUGGUCGAGUGCACAGUAUAUUAAAAGCUGAACGCGAUUUCAAAAAGUGAUAACAAUGAACGCCUGAAGUUAAACAAACAUCUUAACAAUUGAGGUCAAUGUUUAUCGGAUGUGCUUUUCUUAUGUAAGGCACGUGAUAUAAGCUUUUAAAAUGAAAAAAUUUCACAUGCACUGAUUUUCCAUUGUGGUUGCACAGUAUGCUUUCGAAGUUAAUUAAUUUUUUCUACUCAGAGGCGGGAAAGUAAGAGUAAACUCAAGAUUAACUGAAGAUUAAAAUGCGCGUUCUUGAUUUCAUGUUAAUAGCGCACUAAGAAAAAGCAAUUAAGAAAAGUUAAAAUUUAAUUGCUUCAGUACUUUCUCGCUCUGAGGCCGGUGCGUUCAGCUUGAAUUAAAGACACUUGCUGAACUCGUUCGCCGCCGAAGAAUUUCAUUUCAUUUCGAAACGAGAUACUAAAGGUCAAUGACAUGCUGAAAGAUAAACAUGCCUGCUGCUUUGAAAGAGUCUUAUAAUGAAACAAAGAUGGUUAUACGUAUAAUGUUUUUAAUUAACUCUGCACCUGAACCAGAACUUUCGCCUUUGCGACAACAGUUGACUUCCAUAUGAGGGCAAAGAACUUUGUUUCCACCUCGAAGGCAGUAAAACCACACAGAAAAAGUGCGCUUGUAUUAAACAUAAGCGAAUUAAGAACAAAGCAAAUAAAGUGA